AUGAAUAAACAAAAUAAAAAUAAUUUAAAGGGUGAUUCUUCCUCCACAAUUGGUAUCAUUCCAUACCAUAAAGAAACCAUUCGACAAUCAACCCUAAAACUAACCUAUCUGGAGUAUUUAAAGAAAAAAUAUGCCCACAAAUACCUCAAGACAAUACCACCUAACAAUUCAAAACAACAUGAAAUAUACGAAGAAUUUUCCAAAAGAAAAACUAAAUGGAAUUUUUUCAAAAAUAUACCAAAAGUCAGCAAAAUAGACUACCAAGAAAAUGAGAUUGAGGACUACCCUCUGCAGAUGGAGAAACCAACUGAAGAACUCUUAAGCAAAUCAAAGAAAACAAAUAUUUUUAAAGAUUUAUUUAGAUUUGAAACAAAAAAGCCUGUUAACGAAGAAGUAGAUGGUUUUGUUUGGGUUGAAGAUCCUCAAGACUUAAAGAAAAAUAGUUUGCGUUGGAAAUUAAGAAAAUAUUUUCUGCAAAAUCCCGAACUGGAUAAAGCCAAACAUAAAGAUGGUGAGGAUUAUAUGUUUGAGGAUUAUGUGUUAAUAGAACCAGAUAUAGCUCAAGAUUUCCAGCAAGUUAACAAAUUUAAACAGGGUUUGAUAGAUUUUACAGCAGGAUCUUUAGCUGGUAUAGCUCAAGUUUAUGUGUCCCAGCCCUUGGAUACAGUUAAAGUGAAACAACAAACCUUUCCUAAACUCUACAAAAACAUGUUUAAAUGCUUUCUUCACACCUAUCGUAAGGAUGGCUUAUUCCAUGGUCUUUAUGCCGGCACUCUGCCAGCUGUGAUCGCUAGUGUAGCCGAAAAUUCGGUAUUAUUCGCUGCCUAUGGCGCUUGCCAGAAAUGCAUUGCUUUUGUUAUGGAUAUUGAUAAUGUGGGUGAAUUGUCUGCCUUGGGUAAUGCUUGUGCCGGAUUUAUGGCUGCCUUCUUUUCCACAUUUACUUUGUGUCCCACGGAAUUGGUUAAAUGUAAAUUACAGGCUGUUCACGAGAUGAAACACUAUGUAGCCAAGCAUAGCAAAGCGACACCUAUAACGGCUUUUAAGUUGACAAGAGAUAUUUUUGUAACUGAAGGUUUGCCCGGAUUUUAUCGUGGUCUAACCUCAACUUUUGUACGUGAAAUGCCCGGAUUUUUCUUCUUUUUUGGUAGCUAUGAAGCAACAAGAGAAUUUUUCACACAACCCAACCAAUCCAAAGAGGAUAUUGGCGCCCUUAAAACAAUGUGUGCUGGUGCCUUUGGUGGCAUUGUCUUGUGGACAACCACAUUUCCAGCUGAUGUUAUAAAAACACGCAUACAAAUAAAUAAUUUAAAGGGUACCAUGUUGUCGGUUGGUUCAGAUAUUCUACGAAAAGAGGGUAUUUUAGCUUUUUAUAACGGCCUGCUGCCCUCAAUUUUGAGAACAGUACCCGCUACGGCAACCUUAUUUUUAGUUUAUGAAUAUACUAAGAAAGUUUUAGCUGAUAAAUUGUAA